GCUAACGAUGAGACUAGCAAUACAAAUUUCCACUUCACUCCCCACUAUACACACCAUCAGCACUUGCAGAUGAUCAAAGCAGGUAGAGGAAGAAGAAGAAGCAGAAGAACACGAAGUAGUUUGCAUCAUUCAUUUCUCAUCUAAAAAUUGAAUCAGAUUUUGAUUAACAUAGAAAAAAGCUCUCUCCUUUUUGUUUCUUCUUUUGUUCUCUCUCUCAUACUUUCUGUUUUCUUUUUCUUUUUUUCUGUCCUUUUCCUACAUUUGCAUGCUAAUUUUUCAGCACUGAUGAUGGAGAAGCUGAGUUUUUAGUGGGGUUUCAAAAAUAAAAAAGAAUACAUAGAAAGAAGAGAACCCACUAGAAAAAAAGAGAGGGCAAAAGAAAAAAAAAACUGAUCACCACCCCACAUUUCAUAAUUCACUAGUCUUUUUGUUUUCUUGUUGGGUUUUCUUUGCCAUUUUGGGGGUUUUAUGUGAAAGUUCUUUUUCUUUUCUUUUUUUUUCCCUUUCCCUGGUUUUGUUGCUUAAAAAUGGAGUCCACAGAGUUGUAACAUACUACAUAGGGACAAAGUGGUUUUCAUUUUGCCUUUGGCUUUUAUUUUUCUGGGUUUUUUUUUGUAAAGAUGGUUGCUUUGGUUUCUGGUUGCUUUGGUUUCUUAUUUUUGAAGCUUAAAACAGCAGCAGUUUCUGGGGUUCAACAAUAAUACCAAUCCCAAGAAGCAGCAAGUGAAGGUAUAAGGUUUUAAUAAUGGCAGAUUGUGAUUCUACUCUUCAAUCUCCCACAGAUAAGGUGCAAAAGAAGCCCACUUCAUUCCCUAAAUUGCUUACUGGUUUUACUUUAAAAGCAUUUUCUGAUAAUACUGAGUCUAUUAUGAGUCCAAAAUCUAUACUUGAUAGCAAGCCCUGUUCAGCUUUGAAAAACCCUUUUUGGUCUGAAUCAAGUACUCCUAAAACCCCAGAACCUGAAGCCAAACACAAGCUUGAUUCCAAAGGGAUUGGUCUUGCCAUUGUUGAUUCUUUCAAAGAUGAUUACUUUGAUCCCAACUUACCAAAACCUGUCCUUUUUGGUUCACAACUUAGGAUCCAAAUCCCAUCUUUGCCCCAUGUUCUUUCACCAGCAGAAUCUCCAAGAACACCACCUGAGUUUAGCACCAAGACAAGAACAUCUCAGUUGAGUUCAUUUUCUUCUGUUCUGUCCCCUUCUUCAGUAAGGGAAACCUUGAAUUCACCAAGGAUCUUAAUUGGGAAUCUCCCAGCUUCUGAAAUGGAACUCUCAGAAGAUUACACCUGUGUGAUAUCUCAUGGAAGUAAUCCAAGAACCACCCAUAUCUUUGAUGAUUGCAUUGUUGAAAGCUGUUGUGGGGUUGUUGGUUUCUCCUCUCCGAAGAGAAACGGGUCAAGUUACCAAUCAGAAAAUUUCCUUAGCUACUGUUAUGCUUGUAAGAAGAAUCUUUCUCCAGGAAAAGACAUUUACAUGUACAGUGAGAAAGCAUUUUGCAGCAAAGAAUGUAGGUACCAAGAGAUGAUGCUAGAAGAAAGCACCAACAAACUAGAAUCUGAUGACAUCUUUGGGACUUAUUCCUAACAUUUGUUUCAAGUUCUCAUCAUCAGUCUUGCAUAAAAGCCAGUCAAGGAUUAAGUAAAACCAGCACAAAUAACUUCUGUUUGUCAAUCAUCGUGAGAGUUUUUAAUUGCUUUUAGCUGUUUAAAAGAUGAAACUUUGGGUUUACUCUGUUGUAUCUUCUUCAACAGGCUCUAUGGUAUUUGUAGAAUUGAUCUUUCUUUCUUUCUUUGCAAGUGAUCUUUUGUGUUUUUUCUUUUGUCAAAUAGUCUUUGGUGGUGGUGGUAAUUGUAAAUGCCAGUGAUCAUCAUUCUGAUUUGUGACUCUAAAGAAAAGCAUAUAAUAUUAUAUACUAUAUUUGCUUUA